AUAGUAGAUGGAGUGAAGUUAAAAUGGAAUGCGUCAACACAAGAAUGGCAAAGGGCCGAUCAAGAAGUCGAUGAAGAUUUCAUUGCCAGUUAUCAAGCAAAUUACGGAGUUCCAUAUGAUUAUAAUGCUUUCUUCAAAACUCCCAACAUAAUUAAAGGUAAAAUGGACGAGGAAAUAAAAGCAAAAGAAGCAGGCAGAUUGAAGAACAAGCCGUCAGAAAAGGAUGAGAAGAAAAAAGGAAAAGGAGCUACUGAGCAACAAGGUGAUGCUGGCUAUUUCAAAUCAUUAAGCAUCAAAUCUUUUUCCAAACUUUAUGUUCUAAAAACUUUAUCGAGCCGCUACAGCUCCUGUUGGGUAGACAUGGAAGAGAAGGUCCAUGCCGUCUAUGUUAACAACCUGCCUUUGGAUAUAACGAUGGAAGAGUUUAAGGAAUUUAUGUCGAAGUGCGGUGUUAUCCAGCCAGAUGCGCGGACGAACAAACCAAAGUUGAAACUCUAUGUUGACGAAAAUGGGGAUUUAAAGGGUGAUGGAAGAUGCGUUUACAUAAAGAAGGAGUCAGUUGACUUGGCUUUAUCCAUCUUAGAUGGGUUUAAUCUGCGAGGUAAGGAAGUUCAUGUGGAGAAAGCCAGAUUCCAGCAAAAGGGUGAUUUUGAUCCCACUAAGAAAAGGAAGAAGCUCACGAAUGCACAAAAGAAGAGGUACAUGGAAAAUCAGAACAGGCAACUUCAAUUUACAUUUGUUUUUCUUUGCAGAAUUUUUGAGUGGAAACCUGAAAAACCACGCAACUACCGCCCCAUCUCAGAUUGUACUGUUGUGAUCAAGAAUUUGUUCACAUUAGAAAUGAUGGAGAAGAAUGCUGCUCUAAUGAUGGAUCUAAAAGAGGAGGUUCAAGAAAGUUGUUCUAAGUAUGGCACAGUCAAAAAAGUCAUCGUUUAUGAUGUAAGCUUUAUUUUGAAUUUUUGUAAAGUCAAAAUUUCUGAUCAAGAUUUGAACAACGCACCUAAUCACUCUUUGCAUGAGUCGGAUAUGGCAGUAAAGAUGCUCAAUAGCAGAAUUGUAGACGGACGACGGUUGGAAGUUUCCCUCUGGGAUGGAAAAACAAAAUAUAAAGUGCAAGAAACAGAAGAAGAGCGUCAGCGACGACUAGCUGCAUGGGAGAACUAUAUCAAAGGAGAUAGUGAUGAUGAAGAGAAGAAAACGACCGGGAGGGAAAAGGAAGUUUCUUUAGCUAGUAUGUCUUUGGAGAAGUCUGGCGAUAUGUCUGAAGAAGGACCAUCACCGGGGAAAAAGCCAAAACCAGACAGCGAAGAUGGACUUUAA